GUGUGAGUUUGUGUAUUUUUUAUGUUGUCUCUGUAUCUUUACCUAUCACUUUCUAUCUUUUUGUUUUUCUUCAACAUUUCUUAAGGUGUCAGAUCAGCUUUUUUAAUACUGGUGAUUUAAUUGCAAAAGCGCACAUAAACAGUUUGAAAGGUGUGAGAAGAAAUUCACAAGUCACAUGGGGAAACAGCAACAAAGCUAGCAUUCAGUCUGGAAUUCAUCCACUGUGCAAAACAAAUCACACUGCCAAGGGGUCAAAUGGUGUGUCCUGAAAUUCAGUGAAAAAUGAGUUUGAUACAAUAAACGUUUGUUUUUCAUACUGAAGAUACAGGGGGAAAUACCAAGAUGAAUUAAAUAUCAGCUUCACCCUCACAAAGCGUAAAUUUUAUAGGGACAACGACAUGUAUAUAAAAUAAGUAGAAUCCACAGUAUAACACACCAGAGGGGAUGACUAGCUCAGGAGAGCAGGACAGGAGGUGGGCUGGCACCAGCCAGUAAAGGUGAAUUAGGUUAACAGAGAGGAUGGUCUUAGUGGAAUAAAGUUGAGCAGGACAGAGUCUAGCUUUCAAGAAGCUCUGUUUAAGAGUAGAGACAUAUAAACAGAUAGGUUAUUAUGAAAAGUGGCAAACGUUAUAUAGGGGCUAUGGAACUGUAGAGGAGAAUAAUAAUUGAUCCUUGGGAAAGGCAGGCAGCAGCUGCCCUUCACGCUGGAUGCUGAAGAACGCAGAAGCUGGCCCAGAAGAGUAGGGGCGGGUCUGGGAAUGCCUUCUAGGCAGAGGAAAUGAUAAGAUGCUUAUUUGCACUCUGAACAACAGAACGAUUAUACCAAGGUGACUUUUUACAUUGUAAUGUCAUUGCAGGUGAAUCAGUCAUGCCUUCUGGAACAUUACGGAGUGGGAAAGGUUUGCAGAAUAAGAGUCAGUUUAGGACCAUUGCACCGAAAAUUGUUCCCAAGGUCCUAACUCCCAGAGUGCUGUCAGGCCACUCGCCGUCACUCUCUGAUCAGGUGAACCCAGGCCCUUCCGUCGGCUCCACGCCACUGGGGGUGCCCACCCAGAAUUAUGCUCUGAUGCAGGUUGCUGGCCAGGAGGGGACGUUUUCUCUCGUGGCAUUGCCUCAUGUUGCCUCAGCUCAGCCAAUCCAGAAACGCAGGCUGUCCCUGCCCGAAAACCUUAAACUGCCUAUUCCUCGAUACCAGCCCCCGAGAAAUAACAAAGGAUCGACCAAGAAUCCCAUUUGGAGCUCCCCUGAAAGUGGCUGUAGCAAACUGCCUGCCCAGACCCAAACAGCCUCCUCCCUCCCUGACCAGUCCAAACCCCUGCCCCAUCCCAGUCCAUCCAAGCCAGUGCCGUCACUAGGCCCAGCCCCGGCCAGCGUCAGCAUGGCCACGCUGACCAGUGGCUGUGGAGAGCUGAACCAUCCUGACACCCCAACAUCAUCCACACCAGAGGAACCUUCUGCCAGGCGGGGCCUCUUGAAGAUUUCAGGGAAAGAAAACUGUGCAAGCAAAGAAGCACCCACUAAACCUUCUGUUGUUGCCAGUGAAAAACAUAAAGAACCAGUUGAUCUUGCAAAAGGCACAGUCAAGUUGUCGCCAGCCGUUUUUGGCAGCGCACUUCAGUUGAUCCCCUCGAUCCCCAAAGGUAAACUGCCAAUCUUACCCUACUCUAGAAUGAAAACAACAGAGGUUUAUAAAAGUGAGUCAGAUGUUAACGCUGUAGAUCUUUCUUUACCUGGGCUCGGGACGGACUACGGUAAGACAUCCGCCAUCACAAACGGCUUUGAUGCAGCCACCAAAAUGGCUGAUAGGGCGCCUGGUCCGCAGGUGCUGAAGCAGAGUCCCUGUGGGAGCGCCUUUUGUUCAGCCACCAAACUGGACCUCAGCCACAAAGCAAAACUGAGCAGCGGGGCAGCAAAGAGAAAAGGAAGAAAAUCAAAAGUACCAGAUGAAAUCUUGUCAUUUCAGGGGGAAAGGAGAAAAAGUAAAAGAAUGAAAAAUGAUCCCCAACAAUCCAGAGACCAAAAACCUGGGUCUAUGAAGAAAUACCGUAGCAUCAUGCCGAAACCUGUUGUUGUCAUGCCCGCUGUGGCUCCCCUGGCUUCUCCUGCAGCUGUGUUCCAAUCCCAAAGGCCCAGUGGCCUAUGGCAGGAUAUUGCGUUAAAUAAUUCUCUCCCUCCUAAAUAUUUCAGCUGUAAGCAGGACAACAGCUCUUCUUCCCCGAAGCCCAGCUCUGCAUUCAGAAAUGGAUUCUCUGGCGUUAAGAAGCCUUGGCACAGAUGUCCUGUCUGCAACCACCACUUCCAGUUCAAACAGCACCUUCGAGACCACAUGAACACACACACGAACAGACGGCCUUAUAGUUGUCGAAUCUGUCGCAAGGCGUACGUCCGCUCUGGCAGCCUGAGCUCACACGUGAAACUUCACCACAGUGAGAACCGCCUGAAGAAACUCAUGUGCUGUGAAUUUUGUGCAAAAGUGUUCGGUCACGUCAGAGUCUAUUUUGGCCAUCUGAAAGAAGUGCACAGGGUUGUCAUCAGCACCGAGUCCUCCCCCAGCGAACUGCCACCAGGAGACGUGCCAAAAAGCAGAGACAGAGAGGUGCCUGUGCAGAGGGAAAACAAAUCCAGCCUAGAAGAAGACCUCCUCCUAAACCAGGCAGACGAAGUCAAAUUGCAAAUCAAAUGUGGCCGCUGUCAGAUCACUGCCCAGUCUUUCGCUGAAAUCAAGUUUCAUUUACUUUCUGUCCAUGGAGAGGAAAUUCAGGGCCGGCUGCAAGAGGAGAUCUCCCCAGGAAGCCAAGCAGCUCAGGGAGAACUGGCUGAACAUGCUGCUCCUUCCUGGAAACAGCAUCCUGAAAGAAGGAAACUGUUGAAACCCCGUCCCCCCGAUGAGGAAGUACAUGCAUUUCCCAAAUUGAAGAAGCAACUCUGCCCUAACCGUCAGAAUGACAUAGAAAUACUCACAAAAAACGAAGGAGCCCAGCCUGGACCCAGCGAGCCAGGAGAAGCCCCCCAGGGCCCUGGGUGUCUCAGCCCACACUCCGCUCCCCUCCAGGCCCACUCGGGCUUUAACUGCGUCCUCUGUGCGCGGACGCUUGGGAGGAAAGAAGAGCUCCUCCUGCACUGGCAACAAGGGCACAAUUGUGAGGACCCUACAAGGCUCUGGAGGAUUCUGAAGGCACUGUCUCACCAGGGAGGGACCGAGCUUCCCAGGGAAAUGGGAAAAUGAAAUGCUGGGGCCCCAGGGUUAGAGAGAGCUUUGUAUCCCCGUUCUCUCCAAGUUCUUGUCUUACGGUGGCACCCAGUGAUAGAGAUCAAACAAGUUAGAAUCAGCAUUAAUAAGCAGAAGUGAUUUUUGUACAUAAUUUUAUUUUCUUAUGAAAUAUGUCCUUGAUCCGUAUUUUUCUAACCAUAUGCCAUUUUAUUUCAAAAUUCUGUAUACUAACUGUUUAUGCCUUAGACUUUAUUUCAGAAUAAAUAAA